AUGCCUAUCAAUUUAACAUGUUUGGACGCCUAUCCACCGUUACCAGUGAUUCCCACACUUGUCAAUAAUUCAAUAGCAGCAACAACUACUCAUCUGAGUUAUAAACCAGGUGCUGGUGGCUUAGCUCAAACCAUAUCGUCUUCAAUUAUCGAUUCCGUCUUCUCCAUCGAUGAUGUUCGAGCUUUGUUAAAAAGACUGUUCAGUAAUGAUAUCAAUUCAUUGAAUAAUUACUCUGAAAUAAGUCAAACGAAGCCCAUGCCUACGAUUAUUCUUUACACAAGUAUUGCUCUGGCAUUGUUUCUGAUACUCUCCUUAAUGUUCUGUAUCGUCUCGUGUGUCAGUUGUGGAAAACGAACCACAUAUAAACACAAGCGACGUCAAUCGAAAUCUACUCAAGUUUGCGUCUGUCUUCUAGUGCUCGUUUAUCUCUGUGGAAUAGGUGAUAUGAUCUAUGCAGCCUAUCGUGUGAAUAAAUCUAAAGUCGAUCUUGAUAAUACGAUCCAAUUCGUUAAUCGAGAAGUUUAUCCAAAAGCAGUUGUUGAUUAUUUAACACACAUAAUUCAUCAAAUUGAAAACUUAAACAACUAUCUUGCUCAACCGAAUUCCAUUCUGAUCAUGGCGUCGAAAUCUAUGAUCGUUCAAACGUUCGAUCGAGUCUUGACGGACAGAUACUACAUUAGAAAUAUGAGUCAAUCUCUGAAUGGUAUUGAUGCUGGCAUAAAAACUAUCGAUCAAAUCGUGGAAAGAACCGAGAACAUUUCUCAGGCAGCUAGAGAUCUGUAUAACGCCACCAAAAAGGAAUUUGUCUCGAUGAUUGAAUCAUUACAAAAGCCGUUAAACGAAGUGUGUACCUAUGCUACAGAUACUCAAACUGUCAUCGACACUAAGCUACAGCAAGCACUUGGUCUUCUGAAUCAAAAAGCAGUCGAUAUAAUCGAUCUUAUCAAACGAGAUGUUCUCAAUCCGAUAACAUCAUCCGGCAGUCAAACGUGGAUGGAUAGUGGCUUGGAAGAACAAAUUCGAAAAUAUACGAAUAUGACUGAAACAAUCUUUCUGGUAUUUCUGAUCUUUCUUACAGUGAUUCCAACUGGUUUUGCCAUCUUUGUUCUACUAUUCUGUUUGUGUGGAAGAGAUCAAAAGGAUUCAUUUAACAAAAUAUACAAUCAUAUCGGAAUGGAACGCAUCAAAACAUCAUCUGGAAAUUUUUCAUCGGACUAUCCUCAACGCAAAGAUGAGUAUGAAUAUAGUGGUUCGGAACGAUGCGGUGCGUUGCUUUGUUUCAUGCGCAUAGCAUUCACUCUCAUGAUUAUUAUGAUAAUUCCGAUGGCAGUUGUAACCGGCGUUUAUUACACGUUUGAUCUCGCAGUGCAUAGUGCGUGUCGAACAGUACACAAUGAUCGAUCAUUCUUGAUUCCCUUUGUCGCUGAACAAGUAAUUGGAACCGGUGGAUUUUUUACGAAUAAAACCGAAUUGGACACAGUUGCUACGAAUAUAAUUGACGAUUGUCAAGAUGGUGUACAUUUCAGUUCGAGAUUGCUCGAUAACUAUUGGCCGACGCUGCAACGCUACCUUACUGAUAUGAUGAAUGAAUUAAAUAAAGAAGUUUAUGAGCAGUUUAUAAAAUCCAUUCAUCAAAUCGACAUACCAGAUGAAAUUCGGUUAUUUGCUGAAUUUGUUAAUCAAACAAAUAUACUGGAUAUUUCCAAUGAAGUUCAACAGAUCGAGUCGGAUCUAAAUGCACUCAAUAGCGCAUUUGUGAAGGUCAAUGCCAGUGGAUCAGUAUUACCCGAAUACCUCAUCAGACCGACAGCUGUUCAAUUUCAAAAUUAUCUAGAAAACGUGGUCAAAGCAACGUCCGAUAGUUGCCCACUACCAUUAGAUACGAUUUAUGAGACAGAUAACGUAGUCUGUCAUCAACUAGGCAGUUCGCUUAGCGGUCUAUGGUUGAGUGCGUUCUUCUGCAUGUUUUUGGCCAUCUUUGGUCUAUGUAUCUUUGGUAUUUGGGUUUACAAACGAUCAGUUUAA